AUGGGGGAUAUAUCAUUGGAAGAUGUUAAGAACGAGAACGUUGAUCUAGAACGGAUUCCUGUGGAGGAAGUUUUUGAUCAGUUGAAAUGCACGAAGGAAGGAUUGAGUACAGCAGAAGGAGAAAAAAGACUCCAAAUUUUUGGGCCUAACAAGCUUGAAGAGAAGCAAGAGAGCAAGUUUUUGAAGUUCUUGGGAUUCAUGUGGAAUCCUCUGUCAUGGGUCAUGGAAUGUGCGGCAAUCAUGGCCAUCGUCCUGGCCAAUGGAGGAGGGAGACCACCAGAUUGGCAAGACUUUGUUGGUAUCGUUGUCUUGUUGAUCAUUAAUUCUACCAUCAGCUUCAUUGAAGAGAACAAUGCUGGUAAUGCAGCUGCUGCUCUCAUGGCUGGUCUUGCCCCUAAAACUAAGGUUCUAAGAGAUGGGAAGUGGAAAGAAGAGGAGGCAGCGAUUCUGGUUCCAGGAGAUGUGAUUAGUGUCAAAUUGGGAGAUAUUAUCCCGGCCGACGCACGUCUCCUCGAUGGCGACCCUUUAAAGAUUGAUCAGUCUGCUCUUACUGGUGAAUCUUUGCCUGUCACCAAGUAUCCUGGGGAUGAAGUGUUCUCUGGGUCAACUUGUAAGCAAGGUGAGAUUGAAGCUGUUGUCAUUGCCACUGGUGUGCAUACCUUCUUUGGAAAGGCAGCUCAUCUUGUGGACAGCACCAACCAAGUUGGUCAUUUCCAAAAGGUAAAAGAAAGCUUCAGUUCCUGCAUAACCAAGUUCUUGGGGUUCCUUUGA